AUGUCAAAGGAGUACGAGAAAGCACUCAGGGUCAUCUCCAAGCCGCCAGAUCAGCGAUAUGACCACGAAAUCCAUCAGCUGGUACCAUGGUUCAGGAGUAAGGCCAAACUCUUUAAAAGCUUGAAGGCGGAUAUGCUCGGUGACAUCAUUAGAAACUGUGAUUACGUCACCAAGAACCGAGAUGAUGUCAUCAUUAAACAAGGGGAUGUGGGAGAAUGUUUUUACAUUGUCCUCAACGGGAAGGUGACCAUUUAUAUCAUCAACAAGGACCAAGUGGACGGUGAGGAGGAGGACAGUAACUUCGACAACAUUAUACAGUACACCAAGGAGGGCGUUUUGGACAGGUCGAAGCUGGGCUACUGUGUCACUUCCUUAG